AUGUGACUGCAUCCGUGCAUCUCUGCUGUCAAGCUCCAGGACAUCUAGCUAGCUGCACGGUGGAAACAGGCACAUUGGUGGUAGAAAGCGGAUGAAUGCUUGAACAAGUGUAGCGUUUGAUACUGAAUUAUAUAACUGCACUCGCCACUGAUCAGUAAAAAAGUGUGUGAAACUUCAUUUCGCAUUUACACAGUUGAAAACAGGCGUCUGGAGGAACAUUUUACGAGCAGGGUGAGAGAAAAAAUACGAAGAAUCCACCGCGGAGACUAAGGAAAGCUCUUUAGAAGAGCGCUGUGCUUGCGGUCGGUGCGCGCGACUUUCCCUAAAGUCGAAGCUUUUCGCGUAAUGUCGAGGAAAAAGGCUUCAAAGGGCAAAGGCGGCAGCGCGAGCCCAUCUACAACCAAAGACAACAGUAACAAAUCGAGUAAAAGUGGCCUGGUGGCUGGAGUUCAGGCUAAUGGAGUGGUGCAUCCGAGCCGACCAUCUGUCAGCAGUAGUGAAUUUUACGACGUCGCGUUCAAGGUGAUGCUGGUAGGCGACUCAGGAGUAGGGAAGACCUGUCUGCUAGUGCGCUUCAAGGAUGGAGCAUUUCUGGCUGGCAGCUUUAUUUCUACUGUGGGCAUUGACUUCAGGAACAAAGUGCUUGACAUUGAUGGGGUCAAGGUCAAACUGCAGAUCUGGGAUACUGCAGGACAGGAGCGCUUUCGCAGUGUUACACAUGCCUACUACCGUGAUGCCCAUGCCCUGCUGCUACUGUAUGAUGUUACCAACAAAGCAUCAUUUGACAACAUUCGGGCUUGGCUGACAGAAAUCCAUGAGUAUGCUCGGCAAGAUGUGGUCUUAAUGAUACUGGGCAAUAAGGCUGAUGCCUCUCAUGACAGAACAGUAAGGAGAGAGGAGGGUGAAAGACUAGCUAAGGAGUUUGGGGUGCCUUUCAUGGAGACAAGUGCCCGAUCUGGCCUAAAUGUUGACCUGGCCUUCACUGCCAUAGCAAAAGAGCUGAAGCACAGGUCCAUGAAGGGUGUGGAUGAGCCAAAGUUUAAAUUGCAUGAGUAUGUCAACAAGGAAAUGAAGACCACAGGCUGCUGCAGGACCUGAAACCACCAGUGGGUGUGUUUGUAUGUAUAUAUACACAUGGUUAUCAUGAAUGUGUUUACAUUUGCCCAGCUAUGGGAAUUUCUUUUGCGCAUGUCUGUGGACAUAUGGGUCUUAUGACUACGUUAAAAUUUGUCCAUGUGCAUCAUGUGUUUGUGUGAGUGUAUGUACACUGAACACAUGAUAAAUGGCAGACAAUGAACAGUGUGCAACAUUUCAUCAGCUUUGUUACACCUUGUGUGGAUUUUUAAUACAUUUCAAGCUUAGGAGACCCUUGAAGGGCUCAUGGGUAUUAUAUAGAAUUCAUGCUGUGUCUGGAGAAGCACAAUUCUGCUCUUUUCUAUCUUAAACGCACCACAUAUCCUAAUCAGUGCAAUGGGAAGAAAUGCACCCUUUAGAAAAACAGUCAAGCCACAAACAUGUAGGUAUAAAAUGUUAAAUCGUUUUUGCCUAUUAAAGAAAUUAGGGGCCACAUGCUACCACAAACAAUUUUAUAUAAUCAAUAAAAUCCAAAUUAAAUCCAAACCAGAAGAAUAAUGUAGGAAUUACAGCACAUUUUACAUUUAGCAUUUAGUUCCCCACUCAACCCCGCCCCCCUUAAGAGACCAAAAGAAUUGGACAAUCGGCUGCUCAGAUGUUCCAAAGCCAGAUAGAAGGUCUAGAGUUGAUUUCAAGAGUAGCAUUUUCUUUUGUAAUCUGGUGCGGUUCACUCUCAAUAUGACGUUUAAAGAAUUGUCACUGCCAGUGAAGCAAGCCAUCAUUUGGCUUGAAAAACAAGCCAAGUGAGAGACCGCAUUUGGGUUAUUAGGUUAUUUAUUAGUAAACUCUUAAAACAAGAGUCGCUGUCCAAGUCUACAAUCAGUUCACCCACCAGAGUAAACACAGAGGGUUUGAAAGGGGGGACCACAUAUAAUACAUUUUGUAAUUCCUAAACCAUUCACCCAAUUUGGAACCUGAAAAAAUACUGCAUUUCAGCUUUUGAGUACAAAGUAAUUGUGAAUAUUACAGUCCAUGGCAGCUCAAGUACACACUGUCAUUUAAGCAAAAAGCAAUUCAUGUAAAUAUUAUAAUGCUUCUACUUUUUAGUUGUUGUCAUAAUAUAAUUUGUAAUGAAAAUUUUUUGUGUGUGGAUAUGUAUCUGUGUGUGUUUGUAGGAAGGCAUCUAUUUGUCAGUAAAAGGAAAUGCAUAAUUCCUAAUAUUCGGCCAAAUUUAAUUAAAUUUCUGAAACAAGUUGACUGUUUCAAUAAAGAUGCCAUGCCACAGCUUAAUGACAAUAUAUUAAUCACCAUAAAAUGUACAUAUGUCAUACUUCUUUCAGUUUUUGCUAAAACAUGAAGCAGUAUUGAUUACAUCAUGCUAAGUCAGUAAUACAUUAAAUCUGUGGUACCAUGACAUUCUGAAUAUUGGGGCAAAGCCCCAACAAUAUAUGUUAUAUGUGAUGUAUUAAGUUUGAAGGUUGAUAUGUGUUGGAGUGUGACCAAGGGAAACAUAGUUGUCACACCAGUUUCACAUCACAGCCAUGUUUGGACACCAGCAUUUAAUUCAAUAGAAAGGCAUUUUCUCUGAAGCUAUUCUGGAGCUUUGAGCACAUAAGCUACAAUAAUGGUGUUUUCUGAGGUCAUUUUUGACAAAUUACUGUAGACAUUGUACAUGUUAAAGCUGUACAAUGUUUUGUUGCUUUGUGUAGUGUUAGGGAUUUUUGUUUGCAAUGUUUAUACCAAAUUUAAAACAGUUAAAAUAUAUAAUUAUUCAUAUAUCAUUGUGUCAUAUACAUAUAUAUUUAUAUUAUAGUAUAAUUUAGUUCAGCGUAGUUUAGUGCCAAAAAAUCUCCAUUUCAGCUUUAACAAACCCUUCUUUUUGUUCUCUGUCCUGUAUGAAAGGAAAUGCUAACAGUUAAAGUUAUCUUUGGAUAAAAGUUGAAAGUGAUAUAUUUUGCAGAAUUUGUAUUUUGUGUAUUUUCUUAUUUACACUGCUAGCAGUUCAUGUUCAUUUUACAGAAAUCUUUACAUACACAUCAGUACGUUGAGUAUUACAUCUUUUUGAUAUAUUCAAGUCACCUAGAGCUACAAUUUACCUUGAAUAAAAAACGUAAGUGUAAACAUGUGUUAGAACUUUUUAAUUUUGUAAAUCAUUCUGUAAUGUGUUAUACAGGGUUUAACAGACAAAUUGUAUACUAAAACUAUGGAAAAUCCUACAUUUACCUUAUAUUUUAUGUAUGAUUCUAUUGACUUUACAGUGCCUAUAGAAAUUCUAUACACCCUUUUGAAAUGUACACAUUUUGGCUGAACAGACCAAACUUGAGAAGUGAAUGUAGUAAAACAAUAUAGUACCAUUCUUUUGGCUACCCUCUUGUACAUUCUGUUAAAAUCUAAUGAUAUUAAUAUACUGUGCACAAUCAACCCAUUCUCUCAUAAUGGUGUGCAAUUUCUCUUUUGUUCUCGCUAGUUUCUUGUCUCUGUCUUUUUUGUUCGUGAAUAUACAGUUUUGAUGGUUCCACUUGCCAGCCAAUGCAUAUAUUUGCAUUAAUAGAUAAACCAUUAUCACCAGUUUCAAUAAUCUGUGCACAUCCUAACAGUCAGUUAGACAAUAUAUUACAAUACUUAACAUCCAUAUUGUUGCAGAUAUUACUAUCCCUGCAGUGAACAUCAUAAGUUCAGGAAUUUGAUUAGAGUAGAUCUGAUUAGAUUAGAUUGCUAAAAUGAUAUAGAUUAAAUGAUUAUUGUAAUGAUUAUCUAUUCAUCCAUUCUCUACACCACUUAUCCUACUGGGUCGCAGGGAACCUUGGAGCCUAUCCCACUUGGGGCACAGGGCAGAGUACACCCUGGACAAGAUGCCAGUCUAUUGCAAGGCACACAUAUAUUCUCACACUACCAACAAUUUAGUGAUGCCAGUCAGCCUACAAUUCAUGUAUUUGGACUGGGGGAGGAAACCAGAGUACCUGGAGGAAAACCCUGAGGCAUGCAAACUCCACAAACACAUAUGGUGGAGGGAGGACUCAUCCCCCCAACCCUGGAGGUAUAAGGUAUGAGGCAAAUGUGCUAAUCACCAAGCCACCAUGCCCCCCAGUGGUUACUUUAUUCACAAUUUAUAUAGUUUACUAUAUAUUUACUAGUAUCUACAUUAAGAUGUAUUAUCAUUAGAUUUUAUUUAGUAUAAAAAUAUAGUAAUACAUUUGUUACACAUCAGUGCAUAAGAGAAAAUAACCAGAUUUUGUCAUUUUAUUUAUUGCUGUUUCUUGACACAUAUUUGUCAAUUUUGUUUUCCCAAUAUUAUCACAAUAUUGUAAUAUAUCGUAUAUUCCUAGUAUCCACUGAAUACUUUAAGAUGCAUUAUCAUUAGCUGUAAUUUGAAAUAAAUAUACAAUAGUACAUUUGAUUUACAACUAGUCAUUAUCACAAUAUUGUGGCAAUAUAUAUUUUCAGUAAUGGUCUUGACAGAACUAAUUAGAAUCACUUGCUAUCAUUUUAGAGACAAUGGAGAAUGUGUCAUGAUUCUGUUCUUCAUGAAAGCCUCAUAGAUUAGCAUGUUUUUGCACUGCAAUUGGUUACACCAAAGUUGUUGUUUUUUUAACUCUUAAAAAUUUGGGUUUUAUCACUUUUCCUUUAAUUUUGGUUAUAAAUCUGAAUGGUGCUAGUUAUCAAAAAAUAGUUCUAAUGUUUUAAAAGAAAUCAGAUCAUUUCUGUGGGGUAUGUAGACCUUGUAUAGGCACUGUUUAGUGUAAUGUAAUUGAUGUGAAGAUACAUGAAUGUAACACUUACUGUAUAUGCAUAUGCACCUAAAGCUUAUUCUCAAAAGUUUGCCAAUUACGAAAUUGUGCAGUUUACACAUAUUUGAUUUUUAUAGACAUUUUUUUUUUUUUUCAUUUUCAACAUGUUUACCUGGUUCAUUGAAAGACAAUGUGAUAUUUGUACCUUCUGGUUUCUUUUUGUAACUAUAAAUUGUAUCCUAGUAAUGCAUUGUGACCUUUUUGAAACAUUAAACUUCUUGUUGUGCAAUAAUUUUAUGUUUAAAUAAAGUAUACAUU